GCCGUUUCGUUUCUCAAAAGGUGUCGAUAUCUCCUAAUUAUUUGCAUUAAUAAAUUUUGAAAUGGCUGCGGAAAUUAAGCCUGCUCCAAGAACACCUAACGACAGGUUCUCCACAACGAAAAAACCGGCGCUGUUAAACAAGUUAGAAGGCUGCACGGACGACGUCAAUGCUGCCGUAGUAAUCCCAGGCGAAGAUGGUGUAAUUAGCGUUUGUGAUGAUAAGACAGUACGAGUAUGGUUGAAGCGUGACUCAGGGCAAUAUUGGCCGAGCAUCUGUCAAUAUAUGCCCUCAGGAUGCACAUCAAUGUUUUACACACCAGAGACCCGCCAACUAUUUAUUGGACAAGAAAAUGGAACUGUUUCAGAAUUUACAUUAGCAACAGACUGCAAUAGAAUUAAUCCUAGUCGCGAGUACCUAGCUCACACAGCUCGAGUGACGGCGGUCGUCUUCUCGUUGAGCUGCGAGUGGGUGCUCUCCGUGAGUCGGGACAAGUUGUUCGCCUACCACUGUAGUGAAACGGGGCGCAGGAUCGGCGGAUACUCGUUCGAGGCGUGGUGCACCGCUUUGCAGUUUGACUCUCAGUCGAAGUAUGCGUUUGUGGGCGAUUACAGUGGACAGAUAACGAUGCUGAAAUUAGAUAACAACGGAGCAACAUUAGUCACUACACUGAAAGGACACACGGGUUCCGUGAGGGUAUUGAACUGGGCUCCAAUACCACAAUUGCUUUUUAGCGGCUCCUUCGACCAGACUAUUAUAGUUUGGGAUAUUGGUGGACAGAAGGGCACAGCGUAUGAACUUCAGGGGCACAGCAACAAAGUGACCGGCCUUUGGUACGUGGGCAGCUGCGAGCGGUUAGUGUCCGCGGGCGAGGACGGCGCGCUGGGCGUGUGGGAGAUGGGCGUGCGCCGGAGGGAGACGCCCACGUGGAAGGAGGCGGAUCUGUGCCAGCUGUGCCGUGCACCGUUCAUAUGGAACGUGCGGGCCAUGAUGGAGAAGAAGCAGUUGGGUUUGCGGCAGCACCACUGCCGGUGGUGCGGCGCGGCGGUGUGCGCCUCGUGCUCCACGCACCGGCUGCCGCUGCCCGUCAUGGGCUUCGAGUUCCCGCAGCGGGUCUGCAGCGGCUGCUACGAAACAUUGCGCCACGAGCCACGUGAAUCGCUAGCUUCCUUUCACGAUAUGAAGCACGCAGUAACGUCGCUUUACGUAGACGAAGCCACGGGUCGAAUGUGUACCGCCGGCAAAGACAGAGUCAUCAAAGUAUGGGACAUCUCCGUACUCUUAGCGCCCGGACCCAAGCCCGGCACCAGCGAUCAAUAGCCACUGUGAGUCAACUCUAUUCCAUUGUAAUAAGGCAUACAUUCAUCUAUACUUUGAAUGGUAAAUCUGGGGGGCGAAUAUCUAAUACUGUUUUUCGUCGCAUUGUGAUAAUUAACGUUAUAAGUGGAGUGUAUUUAUCUUAAAUUUUUGACGAACAGAACGGAAAUUGAUGAUUUUAUGUUUAUUUAAGUCCUUUCCAAAAAUUUUCGUUUAU